AUGGGAACCGUCCUGUCACUCUCUCCCAGCUACCGGAAGGCUGCCCUGUUUGAGGAUGGCCCAGCCACAGUAGGCCCCUACACGGCUGUUCAAAACAGCAAGAAUGCCAAAGACAAAAAUUUGAAGCGUCACUCGCUCAUCAACGUGUUACCGUGGAAGCGGAUAGUAGCUGUUUCAACCAAGAAAAAGGGUUCGAAGAAGGUGCAGCCCAAUACAACAUACCAGAACAAUGUCACCCAUCUGAACAAUGAGAACCUGAAGAAGUCACAGUCCUGUGCCAACCUCUCCACAUUCACCCAGGAGCAGUCAAGCCCAUCCAACCAAGGCUCGAAAAGCUCUAACAAUGUGGCCUCAUCUGUCAAGAAAGCACCCUUAUCCAACUCUAGUGUGGCUCCUGGUACGCCCAAGAGGGUGAUCGUUCAGGCCUCGACCAGCGAGCUGCUGCGUUGCCUUGGUGAAUUCCUGUGUCGGAGGUGCUACCGCCUCAAGCACCUUUCUCCUACUGACCCAGUGUUAUGGCUGCGUAGUGUGGACCGUUCCUUGCUGCUGCAAGGCUGGCAGGACCAAGGUUUCAUCACCCCAGCUAACGUUGUCUUUGUUUACAUGCUCUGUCGAGAUGUGGUCUCUUCAGAACUAGCCACAGAACAUGAGCUGCAGGCAGUGCUUCUCACCUGCCUCUACUUGUCCUACUCCUACAUGGGCAACGAAAUCUCCUAUCCUCUCAAGCCAUUCCUGGUGGAAAGCUCAAAGGAGACCUUCUGGGACCGUUGCCUGUCCAUAAUCAACCUGAUGAGUGCCAAGAUGCUGCAGAUCAACUCCGACCCACACUACUUCACCCAGGUGUUCGCAGACCUCAAGAACGAGAGCCAGAAGGAAGAGGAGAGGAGCCGUUUACUUAUUGGGCUCGACCGGUGA